AUGUCUUCCGUACUUUCCCUCUACAGAUUUCGGAUUCUCAGAUCGUACCUGAAAUCAGCUAAACAUGCUGCCACCUUAUUCGGAGGCGGGGCUCGACCAACGUACAAACAAGAAGACUUCACUCCACCAACUAAGCAAGCAGUAACCAACCCCGUGGAUAUCUUGAAGAGAAACGAUGUGCUUGCAUUCAGUGCCAAACCUGUCAACUACAUCGAGACAGUGUCAGACAGAGGCUUCCACUUGAGCAACCAGGUGUUGAUAGAACUGACGGAGGGUAACAUCACCGGAUGCAUGCUCAUCGGGAAGGAAACGUUUGAGGUGGACUUUAGUAAUAACGGAGUGGAAAUUGACGGAAUUAACGUGACUUUUGAUCAAAGCAUAAUGCAAGUGUUUGAUAAAAUCCACCCUAAACCCGAAAUCUUAUGUAUUGGUUUGGGCAACAAAUCAAGACGUUUGGCUCAAAGUAAUAGAGACACAUUGAGUCAAUUGGGUAUUCAAAUCGAAACAGGUCAAACAAGAACAGCUGCAAGACUCUUUGAUUUGUUAAGUACAGAGAGACCAGGUGUAAUAGGUGCUUUAAUGUUACCACCGAACGUAUGA